AUGAAGGUUAGAGACCUCCCAGGUGCCAAUAUCCGCAUUGCAAAGACGUACAACUCACCCUACGACCGAGCGAAAUGGACAGACGACAACGAGAAGACACGAAGGCGGGUGCGCCGUUGGAGGCAGGAAAUAGGGUGGUAUGAUGGUCGGGUGGAAGCAUUUGCCUUGUCGAGGUCGUAUCUCGAGUUCGACCGUGAGGACGAUUAUAUGUGGGAGUGUACAGACAUCCUAGGCCAAGGGGCUUUUGGUAUGGUCGGGAAAUGGACCAAGUUUGACAAACAUGGAAGGGCAGUUGAUGACGUUGCUAUCAAGCAAUCUGAGCUUGACAAGCGUGAGGUUGACGAGGAUGGCAAUCCCACAGUACCCACCGAAGCCGUGCUGGUGAAGGCACUGAUGAAGCAAGGGUGUCGCAAUGUCGCCCAACUGCGCGAGCUGAGAUUCUUCGAUGGCGCCCGCCCCAAAUGGAGACUGUACCUCGAAUACUACCGAUAUGGGACCUUGCAUGACCUGGUACAGACAUACCGGGCGCGUAACAAACGAAGGGAUUAUGAUGACCGAAUCCCGGAAGCGUUUAUGUGGCAAGCCUUCCACGAUUUCGCACAGGCAUGCUAUCACAUGAAGGUUCUCCGGUUGGAUAGCAUGGGCGUCCGCUCGCCUCAAGGCGACCAUUUUGCCCUGCACCUGGACUUGAAGGGAGAGAACGUUUUGCUGGGAAAUGCGCCGGCAAGCGAGGAGUGUAUGCCAUACCCGACGCUGAAGGUUGCUGACUGGGGUAUGGCCGAGUACACAAGUCUUGACGACGACAGGAACAGCAGGAAAUGGAAGAAUUAUGGGACGAUUGUCUGGAUGCCUCCGGAACAACGGGACUUUGGCCGUUACGGCGAAGGCUGGGACCGUCCCAUCUUGGGAGGCAAAAAUCAUCCAUUCUCCAUGAAGCACUUCGUCUGGCAAAUAGGCGCCAACAUCUACGGGCUGAUGACCCUGGAUGUGCACAACAAGAACAUCAACGAGCGGGUAAAUCAAGCCGAAGGUUUAGAGAACAUGUUGCGGAAGCAUGACUACUCCUGUUUGAUGGGUUAUCGAAGUUCAUAUUACUCGUCCGAGUUGACGAACUUGGUAGAGGACUGCCUUCGGAUUGAUCCGGCGAGGAGACCGAGUCCAUACGAAUUGCUGGGGAGGACGCAGGAUGGGCUGGCUCGGUAUACGGACAGAUAUCGCAAGACGGGAGAACACCCAAGGCUGAAGCUGUAG